AUGCCGGAUUGGAUAGUACUCGAUUUCGCUGCUCAUUGGGUGGUCGACAUUGCUAAAGAGUAUGUCGUUCCAUUAGUCUACUUCUCUGCUUUCUCCGCGGCUAGCAGUGUAUUCUUUGGCCCCCCUGAAAAUCUCUCUGGUGUGAACAGAAACUAUGUUCUUCCAUCACCAAAAAGCUUGACAUCUCCACCAGACUGGAUCGCCUUUCCUUCUUUGGUGGCGUUCAAGGAGUAUGAAGCAAUUUAUGUGCCUCGAGGGUUUUGGGGUGCAGAUAGUACUGGGAUAAGUGGAGCUUCUAGGCUUGCCAAGAUAAUCAGCAAGUCAAGCUUUGGCACUUCAACACACCUUGGGGGUGAGUGUAAGCUGAACAAAGAACAAUUUCAUGAGAUAGCUCAUGGGUUGGAGUUUUCGGAUUUGCCAUUUAUUUGGGGACUCAUAAAACCCAAUUCAGAUAACAGUGACCAAGUCGAUGAUUUUCUGCCUUUAGGUUUUGUUGACAGAACAUCUGAGAAAGGGCUUGUUUGCUUCGGAUGGGUGCCUCAAAUGGAAAUUUUGGGGCACCCAUCAAUUGGGGGCUCUUUGUUUCAUUCUGGAUGGGGUUCUGUGAUUGAGACUCUGCAAUUUGGGCAUUGCCUUGUUGUGUUACCAAUAAUUUUUGAUCAACCUUUGAACGCAAGGCUUUUGGUAGAGAAGGGUCUGGCUGCCGAAGUGAAGCGCAACGAAGAUGGAUCGCUUAGUAGAGAGGAAAUAGCAAAAUCAUUGAGGCUAGCAAUAGUGGAAGAAGAAGGAGAGCAGCUGAGAACCAAUGCGAGGAAAGCUGGAGCAGCUUUUGGAGAUCACAAGCUGCAAGACCACUACAUCGGUGCAUUUGUUGAAUAUCUUAAAAAUAACAUCAAAAAAGAGGUGAUCAAUCGAUCAUCCUAG